UUAAAAAAUUAAGGCGUUCGUACGCCUAUGAAUAGAAAGGUGCCAAACGAGAUUUUCAGCGUCCAGACAAAGUCAAGACACUGUUUUUAACGCUAAAUUGGAUUAUUUUCAAAUCACGUAUUGUUGUGUUUAAUUGCCACACGUCAUGCAUAUACGGGUGUUGAAUUUCGACAUUUCGACAAACACAUUCAUAUUUCACACUUGAUUUUAGAUUACCGUUGAAGCUGGUCAAUCUUUCAGGGAUUUUAAAGGCAACGUCAUUGAGGAUAAUUGAACGAUUAGAUUGGUGAAAAGGUCGAACAAAUAUUUCGUGAUAUGUAAAUGUAUAAAGUUGAUGUAAAUAAUUAAGUCACAAAGAAACAGUUAAGCAAUCAUGCGGCGGCCAAAACCAAGGUAUAAUUUGAUAUAGUAACCUCUGAUGCAAAAGCAAAUGUAUCGUAUUUUUAAUGAAUAGACGCUACGAAAUAAAGAACAUUCGUUCAAAUGUCUAAAUUACGAAUCCUUUUACUCAUCAUCGUUUUCCUGUUGCUGUUUUGCAUAUUUCUGCUCCGACAGUUCUCGUCUGAGCAUCAGAUGGCUGAAAGACAUGUUUCAUCUACCGAAUCGCAAUUUAAAGAAAGUGCAAUAGAAAUGAGAAAAAUGGGCAACAGAAUCGACGUGGUAAGAGAUCUUAUUUUAGACUUGAUGAGACAAAAAUUGGAAGUACCACCGAAAUGGAUCGAACGAUAUUCAACGCCACUAUGGUCUGAAUUCAAACCUUGGCGAGGAGUCUUUGUCUUCUUCGUGUCGUACCGUACGCAGUAUCUUCGAAAGUGCCUCGCAUCCAUUGCAGUAGCUUCUAAAGACAUCGAUAAAUCUUCAGUCUGUGUUUUUGCCUUAGACCGUACCCCGAAGACGACAGAGCAAGAUGUAAAGGAAAUAUUGGAAGCCAUAGACGACGUCUCUGUAUGUCAAACUUACGUAUGGGUAGUUAAGAAAAAGGCGCAAAAAGGCAAACUAAAUGAAAAUUAUGUUUUAAGAUUAAAAUUACACUGGUGGUUCGUACUAGAGACGGUCUACAAUGCGACUUACGAUGAGACAAUCUUCAAUGGCCUGUUGCAUGGUUACGAACGUGAUAUUUUGUUCCUCGAGGAAGAUGCAGUCCUAUCACCGGACUUCGUCAAGGUCAUGUGGUACUCGAGCGAGAUAAAACGUCGUAACAAAGGUAUCUUACAGUUUGCACUCGGAGGUUGGGGUGGAGAGAACAUGAUCAACGCGCAUCCGGACACGUUUGUUGUGCGAACAUCGCGAGCUUUGCGCGGGAUCGCGUAUGGCUUGAACCAGUCUACGUGGUUAUAUUUCAAAUCCCUAGAAAUGGAUUUUUUUGCCGACAAACAAGAUGAUUGGUGUGAGUCUAUGGGACUGGUACUAGGGAAACAUAACGACAACACUGGCUUCAGGAUCGUCGUGCCGACUUUAAGUCGCCUGUGGCAUGUAGGCAAAAGUGGGCUGGGACCCAGUGGAGAUUUCCUCAAGAACCGAGGCGUGACACCACAACCAAAUUGGGAGCUUGCCAGUCGGUUGAUCAACUUACAAAAUGCUAAAGUGAAUUUAGGUUUGAGAGACCUUUUGGGUUUUCUCUGCAAGAAAAGAAUCGAAUUUGGGAUUCUCAAAGAUACGAUAUGUCCGAACAGUAUGGCACGUUGGAAAGGAGAAGAUCGGACUAAAAUAAUGUGUUUCAAACAUCCUUAUGUACAAGACCCUUGUGACGCAAUCUUGUCGUGACGAAUAAGAAUGUUUGUUUCGUAAAUGAAGAUAAACAAACGAAUAUUUUUCCUUUACUCUCAU